CUUCUUCAAUAACGAUUAAAGUUAAAUAAAGAUAUUUCCUCAUCGUGUACACUAUGGCACACCUUACGGCAGCUUCUUGCAGCCACAGAGUUGUACAGUCAGCGCAGUCGGUGGGUGUGCGGCAAGCUUGCUCCCAGCGCGCGAGAUGCUCCACAAAUGCAUCAUGCAACAGCAUAUUUUUCAGCGGGACAGCUGUGCCCAGAUGUAAUCGACCGCAGCUUGCCAUCUCCAGGCGGCAACAGAGGAUGGUUACACGCAUGGGCCUCUUUGGUCUUGGAGUGCCAGAGAUUGCAGUCAUAGCUGGCGUUGCAGUUCUGAUCUUCGGGCCAAGCAAAUUGCCCGAACUUGGGAGGGAGCUCGGAAAGAGUGUGAAGAGCUUCCAGACUGCUGCAAAGGAGUUUGAGUCGGAGCUGAAGAGCGGGGCUGAAGAUGCUGAGGAGGAGGGCAAGAAAAUGGUGGACUCUGUGAAAGAAAGCGUGGACGAGAAGCUCAAGUAAAACAGGCUGAGACCACUACACUCUGUCAGCCAGCGCUCAUGCGAGGACGAUAGCGCUUUGGUGUUGUGAGGAACCAUUCAGGGAGGUUGCCUUCAGCAUGUUGAAUCAAUUUCUGGCACCGCUUCAAGCCAAGUCGCAACUUGAUCUUUAAGAAUUCUGCUAUGACUUUUGGAGCGUCUCCAGCUGCAGAAUAUGAUGCAGAGUUUUUGCAAUUGUGGAGCUGCCUCAUUUGACUGAUUGGCCCUGCAACGGAGUCUACAUGCAACCCCUGUGACUCUUGGAUUUUUGUGACUGCAUGCAUUGCUGACUCGCGAGCUCAAACUGCAGUGACUGGUGUGUCGCAACUCACUGCAUGAUGCUGAGUUUAUCUGCGAUAGCUACACUGUGUAUCAUGUGCAAUGACGGAUCGCACAAUUAUUAAUGUUAUUCACAC